AUAUUUUUCCAGUUAAGGAGGACAGCACUGCACUUUGCCUCCAUCGAGGGACACUCUACCGUCAUCCAGAAGCUUCUAGAGAAAGGAGCUAACAUCAAUUCUAAAUACCGGCUGGAGUCCAGAGCUGUUCACUGGGCCUGUAGAGGAGGAAGCCUAGCUGUGAUCAAGGUCCUCCAGAAACAUGGAGCAGACCUCAACAUCAGGGACAAGCUGAUGGCCAGCCCUCUCCACGUGGCCACCAGGACAGGCCAUUCUGACGUAGUGGGACACCUGCUGAACAGUGGAGCCAAAAUCAACCCCAGAGACAGGGUAGGACGUCAUGCUUUCUCACGGCAUCAUACCUGGUCUAAUAUGAUUUUAUUGGAAUGUCCACAGUGCAAGGUGUUCUACAUUGGACAGACAAAGAGACGCCUUCAAGAACGCUUAGCGGAACACAAGUAUGCCAUACAGGAGGAGGACACUCCUCUGCAUGAUGCUGUGCGUCUGGGCAGAUAUAAGAUACUCAAGUUGCUCAUUGUUGGAGGGGCUGAUACCAGGCUCAAAAACCAUGAGGGAUUUACAGCAGUGGAGCAGGUGAAGGAGUGGCAGUUUGACACCAAGGAGACUCUGGAGAAACUGGACCAGCUGAGGGAGGUGGGUCUGGUACCCCCACUGUUACCUACCUAACCAGACCACCAAAUCAGCCUUCAGCCCUAAACCUCCACACCCUACUGUUACCUACCUAACCAGACCACCAAAUCAGCCUUCAGCCCUAAACCUCC